CCUAUCUAACAUGGGAAAUCUUUGCUUUCAAUUCUCCUUGAUCAUGUUCUUCAUGCUUUGUCUUGUGGUUUGCCCGUCUUUAUGUCAAUCCAAUUUUACCCUAGAUGGCUUGGCACUUCUUGCUUUUAAAUCUUCUGUAAGGGACCCUUACAAUCACUUGAAAAAUUGGUCCAACUCCUCAUCUUUUUGCAGCUGGUUUGGUGUCACAUGCGAUUCUAAAAGUGAGAGAGUGACAAUCUUGAGCCUUUCUGAGAUGGGUCUCGAGGGAACCUUACCUUCACAAAUUGGAAAUCUGUCCUUCUUAAUAAACCUUGAACUACAAAGCAACAACUUUCAUGGCAAAUUGCCGAAAGAGUUGCUUCAUUUGCACAAAUUAGAAAAACUAAACUUGAGUUAUAAUAAUUUUAGUGGAGAAAUUCUAACUUGGAUAGGAAGCUUGUUUAUGCUUAAACAUUUGAGUCUUGCCAAUAAUACUUUUGGAGGUAUCAUCCCUCCAAGUAUAUUCAAUAUGUCUAAGUUGGAGACCUUGGAUUUGAUGUCUAAUUCUAUCAACGGACCUAUUCCAUUUGAUAUUGGAAGACUUCAACACCUGAAAUUUUUGCGCAUUUCUAGAAACAUUCUUUCAGGAAAUAUACCUCCAACUAUCUCUAACUUAUCAUCACUUGAACACAUCUCUUUGUCUCUCAACUUCUUAGAAGGACAUAUUCCCAAAGAAAUGAAUAAGCUUACAAAGCUGAAAAACAUGUUCAUGGGUAUGAACAAGUUGUCUGGUCAAGUACCAAGCAUUGGAAAUUUGAUCAUGCUUGAAAAUUUAUAUCUUGCAAGCAAUAACCUCCAAGGGGAUAUUCCCAAUGAAAUAAGCAAUCUUACAAAUUUGAACAGCAUAGACUUAAGUGGUAAUCAAUUGUCUGGUCACAUACCAAGAGGCAUUGGCAAGUUCACUUGGCUUCAAGAGUUAUUUCUGGACAACAAUAACUUCGAAGGAAAUAUUUCCAAUGAAAUUAUAAGUCUCGCAAAUCUGGAGAUCAUGAGCCUAAGUGUUAAUCAGCUAUCUGGCCCCAUACCAAGAGGCAUUGAAAGUUUGACUAUGCUUCAACAAUUGUAUCUUGAUAGCAAUAAUUUAGAAGGAUCAAUAUCUAUGGAAAUAGGUAAUCUUCAACAACUUGAGAUAUUACAAUUGUCUCAAAACAAGUUAACAGGGUCUAUUCCAUCAAAAAUUUUCAACAUGUCAACUUUGGAAGUUCUAUCUCUCUCAAACAAUUCUCUAACAGGAAGUUUUCCAUCAAAUUUUGGACUUGGCCUUUCCAAUCUACAAAUGCUUUAUUUAUGGGGCAACAAACUUUCUGGAAAAAUCCCAAAUACUAUAUGCAAUGCUUCUAAGCUAACCAUUUUGCAGUUGCAAAACAAUAAUUUUGAAGGGGUUUUACCAAACACACUUGGACAUUUAAGAUACUUAGAAACCCUUUGGAUAUAUGAUAACAAUUUCGCCACUAUAGAUGCUUCUGAUUCUGAAACUAGCUUUUUCAACUCAUUGUCAAAUUGUAGACAUUUGAAAAGUUUGAUUCUCCCAAGGAAUCCAUUGCAUAUGAAACUUCCCAAGUCAAUUGGAAACUUGUCUGAUUCUCUACAGGUGCUAAAUAUUGACUCUUGUGGGGUUGAUGGUAACAUACCAUUAGAAAUUGGGAAUCUAUCUAACUUGUUUGAGUUGUCUUUGGCUGAAAAUUUUUUAAAUGGAUCAAUGCCAACAGAAAUUAGCAACUUACAAGCUCUUCAGAAUUUGAAUCUUGAAGGCAAUGAGUUAGAUGGCUUGAUUGUUGAUGAGCUUUGUGAAAUUAGAAGACUUUCCUAUCUUGAUUUAUCUCGAAACAAAUUAUCUGGAGCAAUGCCACCUUGCUUAGGAAAUCUUAUGUCCUUGCAAAAUCUUUACUUGGACUCCAAUAAGUUGAUUUCUAAGAUACCUUCUUCCUUUUGGAAUUUAACUAGUAUAUUGGAAGUAAAUCUAUCUUCCAAUAUUUUAGUUGGAAAUCUAUCAUUCAAGAUUUGUAACAUAAAAGAACUUAUAUCAUUAGAUUUAUCAAGAAAUCAUAUAUCAGGCAUCAUUCCAUCAGUGAUAGGUGGCUUGCAAAAUUUGCAAAUUCUCUCAUUGGCCAAUAACAAGUUGCAAGGGAAGAUUCCUGAAUCACUUGGGAAUUUGUUAAGCUUAGUAAAGUUAGACCUUUCCCAAAAUCGGUGAGAUUCCUAAAUCUUUAGAAUCACUUAUAUCCCUUAAGUAUGUCAAUCUCUCUUAUAAUGACCUACAAGGUGAGAUUCCAAGUGGCAGAGUCUUCAAAAAUUUAACGAUUGAAUCUUUCAUGAUGAAUAAAGCACUUUGUGGUGAGCCACAAAUGCAAGUGCCUCCAUGUAGAAACGGAGCAAGAAAAAGGUCGAUGGCAAAUAUGAUUUUGUUGAAAUGUGUAUUGCCCGUGGUUUUGUCAAUAACUUUGAUUCUUAUAGGCAUUAUCCUCCUUCAACAAAAACGAAUAAAUUCUAGACAAACAAUUAUAAAAGUUUUAUCUUCCUUAGGAAUGCCAAGAAGGAUUUCUUAUUUUGAAAUUUUGGAUGCAACUCAAAGAUUUGAUGAGACUAACUUACUUGGAAGGGGGAGUUUUGGUUCUGUGUUCAAAGGAAAGCUUUCAAGUGGAAUGAUAGUUGCAGUUAAAAUAU